GUCCCUGUUCUUCAAGAAAAAGGUCUCAAAAGUUCUUACUUAACGAGCAUACCAAGGAAGAAAAUGGCAUCCCAAAGUAAUUACGGGUAUUAUAAGUUUUUUUGCAAAUGUGGACACGAACUCCAAUCCUUUCCUGAAUUUCUUAGCCACUUAAAGGAUUAUCACCAAAUUGAAGAGGUGAAUAUGUCUGAAAUUUUAGCCUCAGGAAAUGGUCGUAUGGUGGGCAUUAAAUUCUAUUGGCAUUUAUCUUGUCAAUGUGGACAUCAGUUUUCUUCCUCAUUAUGCAAUGCUGACUUAAAAGUAAAACCUAAAAAAAUAGUACUAGUGAGAAAAUAUCGUUUGCAAUGUUUAAAAUGUGAUCAAAAUGCUCGAUUUGAUAGGGAAAAAUUAUUGACUAAAUUUCUUAAAGAAAGAGUUAAACAGAGAUUGAUUUAUAGUUUUUAUAGGAAAAAAUUUGCUCAGUUUAACGGUGAGCAUAGUGAUAAAAAAUUGAAGGGCCAUAUUCAAGAUCUUUGUGAAAAAUGUAAAUCAUUAGGUAGAUAUUGUGGUGCUGAAUAA